AUGUCGACAGAUCGCUCGCCAUCGAAUUCGAAAUGCACUCGCAAGCAAAGAACUUGUUGUUGUGGUCCCCCUCGGUUAACCUUCAAACAGUGGAUGACAGUUUGUGGAUCUGUUCUCGUUCCUGUUGUCAUUGCUGUAGUUGCCGGUGGACUAUCAAUCCAACAGCAACACAUAGCCGAGAGGAAUGAUGCACAAAAAGAAGCUCAUGCCAUUUCUACGCGGAUGGAUAUUGUUCUAAGCGACUUUAUCAAGCAGAUCAUCGGCAUAUUGAAACCGUCUACAUAUCCAAACGGCGGGUCAAUUCCGUCUGAUGAGAUUAUUGCAUACUAUUCGCAGGUCAUUAAUCCUCUGACGAUCAUUACCGCGCAGCAAAUUGAUUUGCGACGCAAACGCCUUCUUUUUUUCUUUCUCGUUGAUAGCGGGCUGCUCAGUGCCACUCGCAACUAUUAUAUCAAUCUGCCCUCAGUUAAUUUUGACAAUGUUGACUUGUCCUCUUAUUCUAACUCCCAUCACUAUACUGCUCAACUUCAGCAAAUAAAAUUAGAUACUGGAUCAUUUGCUGGUGCAUCGUUCGACGGUCAUCACAUCCGUGUAUCUAAUAUGAAUUUUGUCAAUUUGGACCGAGGAACAUUUCGACGCUGCUCUUUCUAUAUGGUCACUUUCAUAGAGAGCUCGCUUAAAAAUACUGAUUUUACCGGAGCUGAAUUAUUUCAGGUAGACUUUUCGGAUGCGGACCUCCGAGGAUCAAGUCUUACAACGGAGCAACUAUUUGAGAGCUCCAACAGGUUGAUGGGUGCUGCAUUACCCAACGGAUCCAUAAUUCCAGUUACCAAUUUACUCGGGAUGAAGCAUUAUGCAGUGCCACUUUCACACAGUCAGCAGUGUCAGAGCGGACUAGUAUUGAAUUACUAUACGAAAGAAACUGGCGAAGUAAUCAAUGUAUUAACUCCGGAUGGUCAGGAUUGUUUUUUUGCUGGUAAACUGGCCUUCGUUGAGUCAGCUAUUCAACAAACAGUGAAGGUGAGCCGAUAUUCAACUUGGUUUUCAAGCGGUCGAGUUCGCUACUGUCUUCGCGCAACUAUGGGUCUGACAGAAACGGAUAACAAAGUGGGUCAGAGUGUGAAGAUAGUUGAACGAGCAUUCGAUGAAAACAAGAAGGUUCUGCAUUCUGCUCAGUUAGGUGAAUAUAAUUCAGCUGUUUCAGUUUCCAGUCCAUUUACGGAGAUUAGGACGGAAAAACAAUGUUGGCCAGUGCCGAUUGGUGCGACGAGCUUUGCAGUUGAACUUAUCUUUCGUAAUGAGUUGGCUGUCAAUAUCACCGACGACAGAAGUGAUCUAUUCCACAGCCAGACUUUCGGUCUAAUCAAAGACGUGUUCUUAACCACCGAGUAA